ACACAGAGCAUACACAACACACAUAUGGCGGACGCGCCGGCCAUGGCGGCCGGCAUGACGGGCGCCGAGGCGCCCGACGGGCCUGGUGGCGCUGGCGCGGGUGGUGCUGCGGCAGAGGAGCAGAUGAUGGGCCCGCCGUUGGACGAGCCCGGCUUCCCGUCGCUGCCGAUGUUCAAGGGCGAGCUGAAUGAGUGGAUAAACGCGACCACGCCGCAGCGGCUCGCGAUGGUCAGCCUCGGCCUGCGGGAGGGCCUCGGCCUGAGCGGGAUGGGCAUGCUGGCUGACGACGGCAACGGCAUGCUCCAGUCGGGUCUGACCUACGGGACACGCUUCGGCGCGCUCAAGGCGGAGGUGGUGUCGCAGGGCGUGCUGCAGACGACACUCGAGGGCUUCAUGCCGCUGCCCUUCCUGCAGCUCACCACGCAGCUCGCCUUCAUGCCUCAGGGCCUCGCGGGCGGCGCAAUGCAGAGCGUGCUCAUGAGCCCGAUCGGCGCAAUCAUCGGCUCGGCCAACCUGGGCGGGCAGCUCUCGGCGGAGCUGCUGCUGCCCCUCCAGCCAUUUGGGGAGGACUCGCAGCUGCUGCUCGGCGCCAACGCUUGGGGCCUGCCCGGCGCGUGGGGCGGCUCCAAGUUUGCCGUCGAGUACACGCAGGCCGAGCCGACGGCUGACGGCUCGAUGCCGACUCGGAUCGGCACGGUCACCGCAGAGGUGACGCGGCCGCGGGCGGGCUCGCCCAACGGCGUGAGCGGCUCCCUCUCCGCCUGCCAGCAGCUGGGCGGAGGCGACGCCCUCAACGCCACCUUCGAGGUGACCCCUCGCGGCGAGCGGGUGCUGUCGAUGGGAGGGAGCAAGCAGGUGGCGCGCGGAGUGCGGCUGCGCGGCCGCACCGCCUCCAACGGCCUGCUCGCGCUCGCGCUGCAGAUGGAGAGGGAGGCAGCCCAGCUGACUGUCGCCGCGGAGGUGGACACCACCCCGGCGGGCAGGCCGCCCAGGUUUGGCGCCACGCUCAUGUUCAACCGCUGAGCCGCGCGAGGCCGGGGCGCGGCCUCGGUCGGGUCGCCGCCCCCGAGGCUGCCGGCCAGACACUGCCAAGAGCGCGGGGGAGGGGCGGCGGCGAGGAGGGGAGGGGCGCCCGGCGCCGCCCCGCAGCGGUUAUUGCUCCGGCGGCGAAAGCUCAGCCGUCUGAUCUCUCUCACACACGCACAUGCGUUCGCUGCGCUGAGAGGUAGCGACACCCUUGGACCAUUUUAAUAUGCGGCGC